AUGGCGGCGAUGGCUGGCCUCUCUAUUAAUACUCAACAGCCAGGUGUCAAUAGCACUACCAUUUUCAGCCCUCACUCGGAUCCAUUCGAUUCACUGAUGCAAGUGCUGAAGAAGCGUCAAAGUAAUGGCGAUGACUGUCACAAUGCCAGUUUUGACGGUAAUGUCUCUAAGUCAUCGAAAAGAGAUGAAGACAGCGAUAGUUCGUGUUCAGUAGAAGUUGAGAGCGCUUUAUCACCACAAAUUGAGGCAUUCGUCGACUACGUGGGCAGAUUAUCAUUUGCAAAGGACGAACUUCACUCACUUCUGACAGUGUGUCACAGUGUGUUCGGCUACUUUGAGGACAGACCAUCUCUGAUGGCCGAGUUGUCGUUGACGACACCCACAUUGGAGCCGUCACAACCGCAACUGCUCCGGGAUGUGUUCUUCGUUGCUGAACACGCUGAACGAAUCAACGCUUAUAUUCGUGCCACGCCCGAUAUGGCGCUGUUACCGAUCUCUGACGCUCAGUCCCAGACAUUGACCGAACUCGUCCGACUUGUACGGAAAAUCUAA